AUGUUUUCCACCGGUAUCGUUUUUGCAGUUUUGGUAGUGCUAGUGGCAUAUGCAGAAAGUGUUAGAUUUGUCAGGAGACAAAACUUGGAUGAAGCUCUUCAGGUUUCCACGUCAAGCGGCAUCGUCCAAGGACGCACAAACAGGACGUUCUCAGGUAGACCGUUCUGGUCGUUCAGGGGUAUUCCUUACGGCAGGCCACCAGUGGGGACCUUCAGGUUUCGGGCACCUAAACCUGCAGAACCUUGGCAAGGAGUUUUGGAUGCGACGGAAGAAAGUCCAGCCUGCGUACAAAUUUUCGUGAGGUCGCGUGGUGUGUUUACCUCAGGAACUGAAGACUGUCUGAUCGUGAAUGUUUUUACUCCUACGGAUCCACUGUAUCAGAGGGAUCCUUUGCCGGUGUUAGUUUGGUUCUACGGUGGUGCUUUUGUAGAAGGCAAUUCUUCUGUAACAGCGUUUGGUCCAGAGUUUUUGUUAGAUGAAGACAUUGUAGUAGUUACUUUGAACUACAGAAUAGGCUUCUUUGGGUUUAUGAGCACUGAAGAUUCGGCCAGCCCAGGCAACUACGGCCUCAAAGACCAAGUUCUGGCCUUGCGUUGGGUCCAGAGGAACAUAAGGAACUUCGGCGGCGACCCCAGCCGCGUGACGAUCUCUGGGCAAAGCGCGGGUGCUGCUUCUGUGCUCUACCACGUGGCUUCCCCGAAGAGCAAGGGGUUGUUCCACAGAGCAAUAGCCAACAGCGGGACCUCUCUAUCCGCUUUUGCAUGGAAGAGGAAUGCCAAAGAGGUCGCUUUCCAAGUGGGGGAGGGCUUGGGGAUCAACACGAAGAAUUCCAAGGAGCUGGUUUCGAAGCUCAGGAUGGUGGACUUGAAGAGUUUGAUGGGUGUAUGCGAGACUCUGGUGACGCUGAAUCUUCUCACUUUAAUGUUGGAAGGAUUUGCUUUUGGUCCGGUCAUCGAACACGACCACAAAAACGCUUUUAUUUCCGAAAGCACCUACUCCCUGCUAGAAAGAGGGGACUUUAACAGAGUACCCAUUAUAAUUGGUACAACCACUGACGAAUCAGCGGUUUUUGAAAAUCUUAUCAACGGUGUGAAAUAUCUGAUCGUAUUAUUCGACUUGAGCCCUGGGUCUCUGCCAAACCCCUCGAUGAAGAUCACAACUUCCGAGGAAAGAAGAAAAGUUGGCACCGAAAUAAUUAGGCACUAUUUUAAGAGGCGAUCAGCAUUUGAAGCGUCAGUCGAGGAGAUAGAGGAUUUUAUGAGUGACGAACAAUUUGUAAGGCCUGCCAGGAAAACGGCGCAACUGGCUUACAGGCAUACCCCUGUGUAUUCUUACGUGUUUUCCUACCGGAGCAAAUAUGGCGUCCGCGGGUUUAACGAUGAACUUAGAGGCAGAGGAUCGUCAAGGGGCGUUGUUCACACCGAAGAUUUGACUUACAUAUGGAAACGCAUAGAGAGAUCAUUCCCACGGAAUCAAGAGGAUAGACUUAUGGUCUCGAGAAUGGUGAAACUUUGGGCUAAUUUUGCUCGGACUGGGAAUCCUACACCUCGGACUGACCCGUUACUUCAAAAUAUAACAUGGCCUUCCGUGAAUUCGCGAAAAGAUAUGAAAUACUUGGACAUCGACUCUACUCUGACCAUAAAAUCAAAUUAUAGGGAGGAACAUAUGAAAUUCUGGGACUACAUAUACGAAAAACACGGUGGAAAAUCUUAUAUCACUUAUUAAAUGUAGAGCAAUCACAAAGUUCGAGAGGACAAUCGAAGAGUAAAUAAAUCGAGGUACGAUUGAUAGAAAUAUCUUAAAAUACCUACUGACUUACCGCAAUAAUAAGAAGAAACAUUUUUGGAACCGCU